AUGCCCCCGCGACUAUCGGCGCGCAGGCUGUUCCUCCUAUUCCUCUUUCUAUUCAGCGUCUCGCUGCUGAUAUCCAUCCACCAGCGUUUCUCCUGGAUCCGCGUCCCCCUUCAGGAUGACGACCUGAGCGUGGUGGACCUGCUGGUGGUCGCCAGCGAGCCCAACCGCCUGGAGGUCGCCGCCGAGGGCCAGGACGAGGCGGCGGAACCGACGGCGCGCGACCACCAGCAGGGGAAGCCGUGGUUCAUGACGGGCGGCACCGAGUUUCCGGGGAACUACAAGGGGCCGCCGCGCUUGUUUCCCGACCAGGCCGACGGGGACAGGAUCGUCGAGCAGCUGAUGUACGUACCGGAAGAUUAUCAGGGAUACGAUACGCCAGAGAAGGUGAUUCUAGCAUACAACGGACUCGGCACGUGGAAUCAAAAAUCGGGAUCGGGCUCCUUUCACGGGUGUCCAGUUAGUAGGUGUUCCUUAACAGAUGACAGAAGCAAGGCGACAGAUGCCGAUGCUAUCCUGUACAAGGAUCACUUCAUACAUCCCGGAGUUGCUCGACCCAUGAAACAGAUAUGGAUUUUAUACUUUCUGGAAUGUCCGUACCAUACGCAAGGAGUAAAAUUCGCCGAUCUCAUAAAUUGGACUGCCACUUAUCGUCGGGAUAGCGAUAUUGUAGCUCCCUACGAGAGAUGGACUUACUUCAAUCCACAGGUUCGUCAAAAAGAGCAAAACAAAGACUACACUGCAAACAAGACGAAAAAAGUUGCUUGGUUCGUAUCGAACUGCGGCGCCCGUAACGGCCGUCUAACGUAUGCCAGGGAACUUGGCAAAUAUAUUCCAGUAGACAUUUACGGGACGUGCGGACCUCUUAAGUGUCCGAGGUCGGAUAGGAAAUGCUUCGAUACAUUAGAAAAAGACUACAAAUUCUACUUGGCAUUCGAGAACUCGAAUUGUCGCGAUUACGUCACCGAGAAGCUCUUCGUCAAUGGCUUAGGACACGACGUAAUUCCUAUUGUGAUGGGUGCCAGACCUGAAGAUUACCAGAAAAGUGCACCUGAAGGUUCCUACAUUCACGUCGACGAGUUCGAUAAUCCCAAAGAACUGGCCGCCUACCUCCAUAGGUUAGACAACGACAAUGCCCUCUACAACUCGUACUUCAAGUGGAAAGGCACCGGUGAAUUCAUCAAUACGUACUUCUGGUGCCGGCUGUGCGCCAUGAUGCACGCGCCCCUUUCGCCCAAGCACUACGAGGACGUGAACGAUUGGUGGAGGGGCCCCGGAGUGUGUACACACAAGUCCUGGAGGCGCACCGAUUUCGUUUAA